AUGUUCCUCAUAGGGAAUUUAGGAUUAUGCAGGUCAGGUUUAGCGAGGAACGCGGGAUGUUUGUGUCGUUUGCGGAUCGGUGGUGGGGUGUUCCACGGCCCAGUCGUGAUGCGCUUGCUCGCCAACGGCGCCGGGCGCUGGCCUUCGCUGACGCUCGUCUGCAACGCAACGAACGAUGCGAGCCGAGCGGUGCUUGCAGCAACUGCACACGGGCGUCCCUUGGAUCCGCGUGUGGCGACCGAGCAGCGGCCUCCAUUUGAGCGACUUGUUCGCUUCGUACAAGAGGUGUGCAAUGGGAGUGCGGAGCACGCGAUCACCAAAAACGCUCGCUUCUCCCGAUCAAUGAAACUGUACUUGGACGAUAGUAUGGCGGUCAUUGUCAUAGAACGCAAGCUGCCACUGAAAAGACCCGACGCAGAGCGACUUGUUGCACGGCAUGCAGUGAUGUGGCGACUCUGUACACAACUGGCGCUGCUGCUUCGACGCGGGCGACUGGACGCGGACGCUCAACAACACCUCGAACAGCACGGCUGGCACAUCUUCCGCUAUUCCGACGACGCAGAUCAAAUUGUUCCAUUGACCAAAAUUCUACCGAUACCCGCAGACGUUUCGAUAUCGCCUCGCAGAAGCGCAGAGCAGGAGACACUGGCAGAGCAUUUUGCGCGACUGCCUGAUCAGCGUUUCCAGCUGGUCGCGCCCUACACACCUGCCGCUGAUCAACCUGCAGCCAUUCAGUGCCUCGUAGAUCGUUUGCCCUCGAAACGAUUCCAGGUCCUUAAAGGCGCUACGGGCACUGGCAAAACCUUCGUUAUCGCAAAUGUGAUCGCGCAAUACGGACGACCAACCCUGGUACUCGCACCGAACAAGACGCUCGCAGCACAACUGUAUCGUGAGCUGAGGGGAUUCUUCCCAUCGAAUGCAGUCGAGUUUUUCGUGAGCUAUUAUGAUUUUUACCUGCCAGAGGCCUACAACAGUGCCACAGACACGUACAUCGAAAAGUCGGCAAGCAUCAAUAAGGACAUUGAUCGUUAUCGCCAUGCUGCCACGCGCGCCCUGUUCGAGCGCCCCGAUGUGAUCAUCGUCUCGUCAGUAUCGUGCAUCUACGGCCUCGGCAUGCCGUCAACGUACCUUCGAGCAGCGACAAGCCUUAAACUCGGUGAUGUCUGCAGUCUCGACGAGAUCGUUUUACAACUGGAGGCCAUGCUCUACGAACGCAGAGCCGAUCCCCGCGAUCCGGGUACGUUUCGGAUCAGGGAUACGGCGGUGGAGGUUUCGCUACCGUCGUGGGAUGAGCGGGAGCUAUUACUCCGCAUCGAUGUACAGGAUCAUCAAAUUGUCGAACUCAGGUAUGUGGAUCGCGAAACGGGAGCGGAUGUGGAAUACAGCUCCCAUGUGACCUUGUAUCCCGCUCGGCACUUCGUGACGCCCAAGGAGGAGCGCGAGCGGGCGCUCCAGGCUAUCGCCGCUGAACUACAAAGCCGCUGCAAACGGCUCCGCGAGCGAGGGCAGCACCACGCGGCCGAGCGUCUGGAGCGACGCACGACCCAGGACCUUGAGCUGUUGCGCGAACACGGCUACUGUUCGGGAAUCGAGAACUAUGCCAUGCACCUCUCGGGCAGGGCACCAGAUGUACCACCCGAGUGCCUACUGGACUACUUUCCCCCCGAAUGGUUACUCAUCAUCGAUGAGAGCCAUGUUAUGGUUCCGCAGAUACGGGGUAUGUACCAUGGAGAUCGCGCACGCAAGGAAAACCUGGUACGUUACGGUUUUCGUCUACCGAGCGCUCUGGAGAAUCGACCGCUUCGUGAGUCAGAGUUCUGGACCAAGGUCCAUCGCUGCGUGUUUGUUUCAGCUACACCGGGCCCAUUCGAACUGUGUCUCGCCGACGGUGCCCUGGCGGAGUUGUUGAUUCGCCCGACGCAUGUGCUUGAUCCGCGGAUUCAGGUGCACCCUACCCGGGGCCAGAUCGAACACCUAGCCGCUUCGCUUCGCCAAAGAGUACAGCGAGGAGAGAAAGCCCUGAUUACCACCCUAACGAAGAGAAUGGCUGAAGAACUCUGCCGUUACCUCCGCGAACAGCGCUUCAGGGUCAGCUACUUGCAUUCCGAACUGAACGCUCUGGAGCGGGUAGAGGUGCUCUCAGCCCUUGGCACAGAAAGCUGUGACGUGAUCGUCGGCGUGAACCUUCUUCGGGAAGGCCUUGACCUCCCUCAGGUCAGUCUGGUGGCCAUUCUCGACGCGGACAAGGAAGGAUUCCUCCGAAGCGAGACCGCACUCAUUCAGACAAUGGGGCGUGCGGCGCGCCACGUAGCCGGCACCGUGACGCUCUACGCGGAUACGCUGACGGACUCGAUGCAGCGAGCGAUCUCAGAAACCGAAAGACGGCGAGCUAUACAAGCAGCCUACAACGCGAAAUAUGGAAUGGAGCCGCGUUCGAUUCUUGCGAAGCAUGAACCCUAUCUGAAACGAGAGAAGACCAGUUCGAAAAUGGGCCUCGGGGGCAGGUUACCGGCGGGUCUUGGCGCCUUGGACGAUGAGCAGCUUCGUACGCACAUGCAUGAAGCUGCUGCACAGUUGGAUUUUGAGCUCGCUGCAGUGAUCAGGGACCUCUUGGAGAAGCGCGAGCUCUCAAGGCUCGAGGCUCGACUGCAAGCGCAACAUCUGACCGAGGACUCGACGGCGAAUGCUUCGCGGCAUCGGCGCGGAGAGUCCGUCUGA